CUUGGAUAUUCAUGCCUUACGUAGAGUCACUCUUAUACCUUAGGGAGACUACAUAUGUAGACAUAUCGAAACGGCUUAUGUAACGACAAGACCACGUCACGUGAAACCGCAACCCAAAGUGACGGCUAGCUCCCCAUAACCCCUGCAAGGCAGUCAACUAAGCUUCAAACCUCCCCCAAUCCAAUCCAUCAUCAACCUCGCCAGGUCGACGAGAGAGAUUCAACCAAAGCCCACGUACCUACCCGUCAUCGACGACAUCCAAAACAAUUCCAUUCGAUCCAAUCCUAUCAACACCGCAGCCACCUCACAUACACGCAUCGAAAUGGAGUCGGAGCUAGCGCCCAAGUUCGCGCCUUUCAUAGGCAUGGGCGGCAUCGCAUCCGCUAUGAUAUUCGGCAGUAUCGGCGCCGCAUACGGAACCGCGAAGUCAGGAAUCGGUAUCGCAGGUGUGGGAACGUUCCGACCGGAUCUGAUCAUGAAGUGUCUGAUCCCCGUUGUCAUGUCCGGUAUCAUCGCUGUCUAUUCGCUCGUCAUCGCCGUCUUGAUCGCUGAAGACAUGCGACCUCCGACCCAAAGCGAAGGAGCCUCAUACAGUUUAUUCAAUGGUUUCAUGCAUCUGGGCUGCGGUCUCGCGGUCGGUAUGACUGGUCUUGCCGCUGGAUACUGCAUCGGUGUCGUAGGCGACAAGGGUGUGCGAGCGUACAUGGAACAGUCAAGGGUAUUCGUCGGCAUGGUGCUGAUUCUCAUUUUCGGCGAAGUUCUGGGUCUCUAUGGUCUCAUCGUCGCGCUUAUUCUGAACACCAAGAGCAGAGGUUGAGUAGACUUCUAUUUAUCAUCUAACAUACGCAAUAACGUCACAUCCGACCUUCACAUUGCUAUAUCCAAAAAGGGACGGAAGCAGGCUUGUAAACGACCAUGAAACCAAGAUCCUGAGAACAGCGGGGAUAAAAAGAAGUGUAAUCAAUAGCUACUCCUGCAUUUUCGAAGGCGUUACAUGGUAUACUGUAGAAAUUCAGGGCUGACCAAGAGGUUGCUGAUGACUUCCUAGGUACCUACCUACCUACAAGUCAAAUCCCCAGCUCGUCUUGUCACAUAAGCCUAGUGUUAUAAUACAAUCUAUUCAACAUUGGCCGUCUCCCCCAAAAUUAAUUAGAACAAGCAC